UAUACACGUAAAUACAUUACAUAUACGAAGUAUAUCCCAUUACAUAUACCAUCUGCAGCAUAUACGACCAUCACCUGCGUUUUCACCUAUCACCAAAGUAACGAAGCUUCACCGUGAACUGUCGGCCGGUGUAGCAAAACAGAGGAAGAAAGAGGAGAAGCAGAUGAACGUCGCCGGACUGAUUCACGCCUGAAGAACAGGGAGAACCGCUGGAGAACCUUUCAGAUCGCCGGACUGUUGAAACUAAGAAGGGUUGUUGUCGGACGUUGUCACGUUUCUAACGAGAAUCGCUGGGGAUAGAGGAAUACGUCGUGACCACUGCCGGGCUGGUUUCUGGACCAUCAUCGCCGGAAGGAAGAGCUGCCGUUCUGCGUUGCAAUGGAUGUGCCGCCAUGUCACCGCCGGUAUACCUUACUGUAGACGAUGAGAUGAGAGUGCCGGGGUGAGGAACACCGCAUUGAACGUCGAUCCGCCCUGCGUCGUCAGAACCAUCAAUGAAGAUAGAAGGUCAAUUUGGAGAAGACUGAGGUAGAAGCUUCGAUUAGGAGUUAUCGUGAUUUGAGGGCGAAACAACACUCCUCGACACGGAUAACGACGGUUUCAACGUAAGCUAUCAAUAUAGCGUUGAGGAUUAAUAUUGUAUUAUGGUGCUUGCGAGAUCAUGCGAUGAUGCAGAAGGAAGGGCUGUUAUGGUUGCUUUGUUGGAGGAUGAGGUUAUGGCCUUAAAAUCUAGGAAGGAAUGGUCAAUUUCAUAAUCAAUUGAUUCAGCAAAAGCAAAGAGUAUAUAAGGAUUUAGUGAAACAUUGUUUCAUUGAAUAUCCAUUCGAAGUGUGGCAGAGAGUUAGUCAUUCAAUCAGAAGUAAAAAGCCUACUUGACAGGUUAUCACCUCCGACACAGCAACAAGUUCCCUCUAGCUUCUCCAAUGAUCAGAUACACGAUGAACUUGAAGAAAUACUUGUGCACAACAGAUGAUCACAGCUAUGGACAGAUAUAGAUGACACACAACGAAGAGCCUAUCAGAGCUCCUAGCUAAAUGCGCUACUGAUUUGAUACUACUUGGUGAUGAUGAACUCAAGGAAGGAGAGAAUUAUCAGGAACCCCCCAAGGAGCUGGAAUCUAUCAUCCGACAAACAACGGCUCUAAUGCCCAGGAGUGAAAAGCCCUGGGAAAAUAUCAACAUCAAUGCUCCUUUCCAAGAGGAAAUCAGAAAGCUUAUAUGGCGAAGAGAUGACAAAGUCAAGGAACUGGACGAAUUGAAAACCUGUGGCCUUAAUCAUCUGCGAGGAAAGAACAAGGGCGGACAACUGUUCCUGCUUAGUCAUCACUACAUGGGGAAAUAGAGAGAAGUGUGCCAACAUGAACUACAAACAGCAACAGACCCAGUAUGGAGCGUACUCAACAGACCCACUCUCUGUUUACCGCCUACAGCUUUCUGACGGGACUGAAUUCACCUGCAAGGAAAAUGAUCUCUAUAUGCUAAAAAUGGACGACAUUUACCAGAUGUAUCUAGAUUUCCAAGAGAUUCCCAUUACCCGCGACAGAACUACACAAGAUGGCUUUGAAGCACUCAAGCGCUUUAUAAUCAGACAAAUCAAAUUCUUUUCCUCUCAUGAUCUUCAGAUGGCCCUUGAAACCAAUCUGCCAAAAACAAACCUCUCAAGACCAAAGCUGUACGGACCGGAGCUUGAAGAUUUUCCUGCAUACUACAUCUUCGAUAGCCCGAUCACACUCAUUGAUAACCGCUUUCGCGGCGUUGUAGUAAAACGGAGUCUAACCUUUCGGUUUUUCCCCGAGUGUCGUGUCUCUUGAGGAAUGGCGGAGAAGUUUCUUAAUUUAAUUUUAGUCACGGGCUAUCGCUAAUCGUUGGAAGCCUUUUCAAUAUAGGAAAGUGUUUUUGUUCUUUAUUAUGCUAAAUUAUAACUAGGAGCAAGGUGCAAUUUAAAGAUUAAUGUAUAAAGACUGAUUAUUCAAGGAUGCAAAUAAGGGCAAUGAAUUGAGU